GGGUACGACGGGCUGGAGAAGUUGCUCUGGAUCUGCGUCAUAUUUUUUUUUCCAGUGGAUCUGUGAGCACUCUCCCGCCUCCUCUCCUCGCUCUCCACCACAUCACCCCUCUCUCUCUCUCCCUCUCUCUGUCAGUCCUUUCUUUGUUUAAAGGCUAACUGACCCAGCUUCAGAUCGUAGACACUCAGUGCUUGGUCUGCCACAAACAUCGCAGCUCUUGAAGAGAGAGGACGUGGUGGUCAGUGUGGGAUCAUCGGUGUGUGUGUGUGUGUGUGUAAGAGGAAGCCCAUGCUAGCAGCGCGUGGACUCAACAGCAGCUUUCUGUUCCAAGAAGAGCCAAACAUGUGAGAAGAUGUCUGUUGGAGGUUGCGCUUGCCCAGGCUGUUCGUCCAAGUCGUUCAAGCUGUACUCCCCAAAGGAACCUCCUAACGGUAGUGCCUUCCCCCCAUUUCACCCAGGCACUAUGCUGGACAGAGAUGUUGGCCCGACACCGAUGUACACCCCUUCGUACAUGGAGCCUGGAAUAGGGAGGCAUACACCGUAUGGAAACCAAACAGACUACAGGAUAUUUGAACUCAAUAAACGACUGCAGAACUGGACAGAGGAUUGUGACAAUCUGUGGUGGGACGCCUUCACUACAGAAUUUUUCGAAGAUGAUGCCAUGUUAACAAUCACAUUCUGUUUAGAAGAUGGUCCUAAACGAUACACCAUCGGCCGGACGUUGAUUCCUCGCUACUUUAGAAGUAUCUUUGAGGGGGGAGCCACUGAACUCUUCUAUGUACUAAAGCAUCCCAAGGAGUCUUUCCACAGCAACUUUGUGUCCCUUGACUGUGAUCAGUGCACCAUGGUCACGCAGAACGGCAAGCCCAUGUUUACACAGGUUUGUGUAGAAGGAAGAUUAUAUCUGGAAUUCAUGUUUGAUGAUAUGAUGCGCAUAAAGACGUGGCACUUCAGCAUCAGACAACACCGUGAAGUCGUUCCACGCAGCAUAUUGGCCAUGCAUGCACAAGACCCUCAGAUGCUUGAUCAGCUUUCAAAAAACAUCACAAGAUGUGGGCUGUCCAAUUCAACGUUAAACUACCUCCGACUUUGUGUAAUCCUGGAACCCAUGCAGGAGUUAAUGUCCAGACACAAGACAUACAGCCUCAGUCCUCGAGACUGCUUAAAGACGUGCUUAUUUCAGAAGUGGCAAAGGAUGGUUGCCCCACCAGCUGAGCCGGCAAGGCAAGCGCCAAAUAAGCGACGGAAACGGAAGAUGUCUGGUGGCAGCACCGUGAGCACUGGUGGGGGCAACAGCAACAACAGCAACAGCAAGAAGAAGAGUCCAGCCAGCAGCUUUGCGCUCUCCAGCCAGGUACCUGACCUGGUUGGAACAAAAACCUGUACAGUUCCGGAGCUUGAGGACCGGAGUUGAGAACCACUACGUAAAAUCUCUUAAUAAAGAAAUAAAUUAAUAAAAUAAGCAAAUAAGUGAAAGCCUUGAUGGUACUGGAGUUGUGGUCAUGCUCAGUAUGGUCAUAAGCAGAAGUGGACCAUGAAGCCAGGCUCCAAAGAGGUGUUUGUUUUUCUCAUUUGUUUUGAUUUGUUUUUUUUUGUUUGUUUGUUUGUUUGUUUUUCUUGUUUUUUUUUCUAGCAAUUUGUAAGGGAAUAAUUAUGAGCAAGUAAGAAAUACCCUGAAUAUCCUUUGCACUGUUGCCACUCUGUUUUUGAUCUAUUUUUCUUAAAAGAAAAUUAUAGUACUUUUUUUUUUUUCUUUUUAUUCCUCCCUAUUAUUAAUAAGUGGAAUUUGAUUAAAUAUGAUAAAUAUGUUACUGGAGAAUGGUAGAUUUAUAUAUGAUGAUAAUUUGCAUUAUUAAAGUUAUUACUUUGCGGUAAGGUAAGGUCCUGUUAAAUGUGUACUAAAGAUUUCAUGGCAUGUAUGUCUGGAAUCUGCAUGUUCCUGACCUAAGGCUUACAGUGAGAGAAACAAAUUAUUUACAGGAUCUCCCAUUUUUUUAUAUAAUCAUAUUUGGAGGGCUUUACCUCCAUGUGUAUGGUACACACACUCUUACUCGUUAAUUUGAGCUGAUGUUCUUGUGAAAGAGAUUUUAAUCUGUACAGGAAAGUAGUCAGCUCAGUACCUUUUAAAGUCUUCAAGAGACACUAACCAUGUGGUUUCAAAUGCAUAAGCAAAGCACCUCUUUUCCUCAACAAUAGAUUGUGAUUAUUUUAGUCUCCCAAGAAUGGAUUUGUUUUGUUUUUAUUUUUUAUAUGCUACAGACCAAGGAGCUAAGAGCAAGAUAAUUCAACUCAACUAUUGUGUAUUUGAUUCUAUGAAGAAUACUUUUCAUAAUUUCGUUUGUGUAUUUGUGCUUGUAUAUUUAAGACUGUAGCUAAGGUCUGUGCAAGUGUAAUUGUAUUUACUCGUCUUUAGAACUUCUCUAAGGACUUGCAUUUUAAUGUAAAAAAACAAACAAAAAAAACUAUAAAAACUAAAAAACAAAACCCAUGCAUUGUAGUCAGUGUUUUUUAGAGAUAUUAGCCAUAGGUAUCAUUUUAUUUCUGGGAAUAGCUUAAAGUUUUUCAGUGUACAAUGUAUUUAUUAUUGUUUUUCUUGCCAUUGCAUCAUGUGUAUGCAUUACAUUACAUUACAAUGUCAGUUUUCUGCCAUUUUCAAUAGAGAAAGAUGGCGCUGCCUUUUUCUAUUUCUCAUCACCUCAUCAUUUUCAUUUUGUCUAAACAAAGAAUUAAGUUAUCUGGAAAAAAAAAAAUCAGUCCUUUAACUUCUAAGCCCCUUAGAUAUACUAGAUUAAAACACCAGAGGGCAUUCUGCAUUUUGGUUCUGUGUACGAUAUGGGGAAAGACUUCUACUAAUUCAGCCAUGUAUUUUGGUCAAUUCUCUGGAUGUUUUAUAAAAAAAUAUAUAUAUAAAAAAUAAUAAUGGAAAAAAAAAAGCCUCCAGUAAAAUUCUGGUUCAAAUACCUUCCAAAUGUCCUGUGUUGCUUUUGGGGGUUUUUCAUCAAAUUAACAGUAAAGGGUUAAACCCUUUUCGUGUUCCUGUCAAGCCCCUUUGAUAGUGGCUGUUUAUAAAUCUAUUUUUUUUCUAUUGUAUGCUAUUGAUGAUUCAUGUAUGGUAUAAUAAAACCAAUUUUCAUGUAA